AUAUUUUAUUGAUAAGUCUGGUCUGUCUGUCCUCUGGAAACACGUGCAAAAAACCAAAACAGCGUAAAUUGAUUGAAAUUUGGUGAUUUCCUGCAACUAUGGCGGAUCACGCGUUCCAUCGUCCGGGGCCGCUAAAGCAGACAAAUAAGGUGCACAAAACGGGCCGUCAUCGCUCCAAGGGAGCCAUCGAGAAUGCAACGAAAGGCAAAGUGGGUCUUAAGGCCAUCUCGCACCGGCACAAGCAGCAGCAGCGCCGGGAGCAAAGACGCAACCAGCAGAAUCAGCUGCGAAAGAACAAACGCGAUGAGGUGCUGGAGCAGAAGCGGAAGCUUGGGGGCCAGAACACAGCACCGUUUCUGGUGUGCCUGCUGCCCAUGCACGAGCAGAUCGAUCCCAAGUCGGCGCUGGCCAUCCUCGAGGGCUGCGACAGCGAGCUGGUGGUGGAGAGCUCCCCAAGUGGGAUUACCUACAUGAAUCUGCCGCGCUUCAAGCAGCGUUUCGCCUUCGUCACCCCGCCCGUGGGACGCGGCAACGAGCUGAUUGUCCUGGACUACCUAAAGGUGUGCGACACAACGCUGCUGCUGACAUCGGCCGCCUUUGGCGACGACGAGAUCUUUGACCGCUGGGGCCAGCGCAUGUUCAAUAUGAUCUCCGCCCAGGGCAUACCCACGCCCCUGGUGGCACUCAUGGAUCUGGAGUCACUGAAUCCCAAGCGUCGUCCUGCCAGCAAGCAGGCGGCACAGAAAAUCAUCUCCAAGUUGCUGCCCGAGGAGAAGCUGAUGCAGUUGGACACCGCCGCCGAGGGCCUGAACGUGAUGCGUCGCAUCGGGGGACAGAAGAAGCGCAUCCUGCACAACGUGGAGAAUCGGCCGCAUCUCUUCGGUGACAUUGUGGAGUUUAAGCCCAGUGGCGAGGCAAGCGACGAUUUGGGCACACUGGAGGUGACUGGAUACCUGCGUGGACAGUCGCUGAAUGUCAAUGGACUGGUGCAUAUUCCCGGACUGGGUGACUUUCAGGUGGGUCAGGUGGUUGCACCGCCAGACCCGUACAAGCUGGACAAGUCACGGGAUGGUGAGAAUGUGGCAGUGCGACUCCUCGAUCGCAGUGAUCCGCUGAAGCGGACCUCGCUGCAGAGCGAGAACAUACCCGAUCCGAUGGACGCAGAGCAGACGUGGCCCACCGAGGAGGAGAUCGAGGCCUCCCAGAAGGAAACCAAAAAGAUGAAGCUGGUCAAGCGUGUGCCCAAGGGCUUCAGCGAGUACCAAGCGGCCUGGAUACCCGACAUCGAAGAGGUGGAGGACCCAGACAAGAACGAGGGCGACGAUGACGAUGACGACAUGAGCGACGAUGAUGAGGAAGAUGACGAAGACGAGGACUUCAUGUCGUGUGACAACAAAUCGUUCGAGGAUGAAUGCGAGAAACGCGACUCGGACACGGAGGAGUUCCAGGACAGCGUCUCAGUGUCCUCAGAGGCGGCAGUCAAUGACGAAAAAUACGACCAGCAGAUGGACUUCCAGGAGGAGCGUGAAACCAUGCAGAAACUGCAGCAGGCACGCACCGAUCAGCUCUGGCCCGAUGAGAUAGACACGCCGCUGGAUGUGCCCGCCCACGAGCGAUUCCAGAAGUAUCGCGGACUCGAGUCCUUCAGGACAUCGCCAUGGGAUGCCAAGGAGAAUCUGCCCAGCGACUAUUCUCGCAUUUAUCAAUUCAAGAAUUUUGAUCGCACCAAGAGGCGGGUUCUGGCCGAAGCCAAGGAUUUCGAGGGUGUUCUGCCUGGUUUCUACAUCACGCUCCAUGUGAUCAAUGUGCCCGCCAGCCGUUGGAUCGCCUUCAAAUCCGCCCAGCUCACGGACAACAUCAUUGUGUAUGGCAUGCUGCCGCACGAGCAUCAGAUGUGCGUUAUGAAUGUCGUGCUGCAGCGCAUGCCCGACUCUGAGGUGCCGCUCAAGUCCAAGGAGGAGCUGAUUGUGCAGUGCGGCUAUCGCCGCUUUGUGGUCAAUCCCAUCUACAGCCAACACACCAACGGGGACAAGCACAAGUUUGAGCGCUACUUCCGACCGUAUGAGACAGUUUGCGCCACCUUUUAUGCCCCCAUACAGUUCCCUCCUUCCGCUGUGCUGGCCUUCAAAGUGAAUCCCGACUCGACGCUGGCGUUGGUGGCCCGCGGACGCCUCAUCUCGUGCAAUCCAGAUCGCAUUGUGCUGAAGCGCGUCGUUCUCAGUGGCCAUCCCAUGCGCAUCAAUCGCAAAUCGGCCACGAUACGCUACAUGUUCUUCUACAAGGAGGAUGUCGAGUACUUCAAGCCCGUCAAACUAAGGACCAAAUGCGGACGAUUGGGUCACAUCAAGGAGUCGCUGGGCACGCAUGGCCACAUGAAGUGCUACUUCGAUGGUCAGCUACGUUCCUACGACACGGCCUUCAUGUACCUGUACAAGCGCGUCUUCCCCAAGUGGACCUACGAGGAGUGCCUGGUGCGCACGGCGGAGAACGAGCGCGAACAGGCGGCGGUAAACAGGAGAAUCGAACAGCAGCAGCAGGUAGCCAUGGAUAUGUAGAGUGUACGCUUCGUUAUUUUAUAAUAGGAAUAAUAGAAUUAUAUUCACAAACAAUUGUCUUAACUUAAGGUAGAGAAGGCAAUACACAAUAUACAUACAUAAAACAUGGGAUACGAUUAAAAGCU